AUGCAUCAAUCCAGCUCCGAUAUACAGACAAAGGGAGCUCGAGUCUGGAUCCCAGAUCCAGAACAUGUGUGGGUUGGUGCGGUAGUUGAUAAGUUUGAUAAAAAUGAACUUCAUGUAGAGUUUGAAGAUGGAAGGCAAAAUAUCAUAAAAGUUACUUCAGAUGACAAAUUACCCCCCUUAAGAAAUCCCGAUAUUUUAAUUGGAGAAAAUGAUCUCACGUCAUUAUCCUACCUUCAUGAACCUGCUGUGCUGUAUAACCUUCAAGUUCGGUUUUGCAACCAAAAUGCUAUUUAUACAUACUGUGGCAUUGUUCUGGUGGCUAUCAACCCUUACGAAGAACUCCCUAUAUAUGGCAAUGAUACUAUUAUGGCAUAUAGAGGCCAGUCCAUGGGAGACUUGGAUCCACACAUAUUCGCAGUCUCAGAAGAAGCAUAUACACAAAUGGAGAGAGAAAGUCAGAAUCAGUCCAUCAUCGUAAGUGGCGAGUCAGGUGCCGGUAAGACGGUGUCUGCAAAAUAUGCAAUGAGGUACUUUGCUACAGUUGGUGGAUCAACAACAGAAACACAAAUUGAAAAGAAAGUAUUGGCAUCUAAUCCCAUCAUGGAGGCUAUUGGAAAUGCAAAGACUACGAGGAACGAUAAUAGUUCGAGGUUUGGUAAAUAUAUAGAAAUCGACUUCAAUCCACGAUAUCAUAUAAUAGGUGCCAAUAUGAGGACAUAUUUGCUAGAAAAGUCAAGAGUUGUCUUCCAAGCGGCUGAUGAGAGAAAUUAUCAUAUAUUUUAUCAGCUCUGUGCUGCUUCUGAUUCUGAAGAGCUUCAAGAUCUGCAACUAGGGGACCAAAGUUACUUUCAUUACACAAAUCUUGGAGAUUCUCCUGUAAUUUCUGGGGUUGACGAUGCCAAGAACUUCCAAGAAACACGAAAUGCCUUCACACUUUUAGGAUUCACUGAUGCGCAGCAAAUGAUGAUGUUUCGUAUCCUAUCCGCCAUUUUGCACCUUGGUAACAUUACCAUUUUCAAAGGAGGGAAGAACCAAGACGAUGCUGAAAGCUCUAUGAUUCCUGAAAGUGAUCCUCAUCUAGUCAUUAUGUGUGAUCUUUUAGGUAUUGAAUGUGAUCAAAUGAGCAUUUGGUUAUGCAACAGGAAAAUACAGAGCAUGCGAGAAGUUAUUACAAAACAACUCACCCAAUCUCAGGCAAUGUUUGCUCGUGAUGCCUUGGCCAAACAUAUAUAUUCACAACUGUUUGAAUGGAUUGUGCGACAAAUCAACAAAUCUUUGGCUUCCAGCAAAAAAAUACAUAAAUUUAUUGGUGUUCUUGAUAUUUAUGGGUUUGAAACUUUUGAAAUCAACAGUUUUGAGCAAUUUUGUAUAAAUUAUGCAAAUGAAAAACUGCAGCAACAAUUUAAUAUGCAUGUUUUUAAACUUGAGCAAGAGGAAUAUGUACGUGAACAGAUAGAAUGGAAAUUCAUUGAUUUCUAUGACAAUCAACCUUGUAUAGACCUUAUAGAGAGUAAACUAGGAAUCCUGGAUCUCUUAGAUGAAGAAUGUAAGAUGCCCAAGGGUACAGAUGAAACAUGGUGUCAAAAAUUGUUUGCACAAUGUAAAAAAUGGAAGCAUUUUGAAAAACCUCGAUUGUCCAACACUGCAUUCAUCAUUCAUCACUUUGCUGAUAAAGUAAAAUAUGAAGUUACAGGAUUUCUUGAGAAAAAUAGAGACACUGUAAUGGAAGAACAUAUCAACAUACUUAAAGCUAGUCAAUUUGAGCUUGUGGGUGAAUUAUUCGAAGACAAAACUGAGACGAAACUAAAACCUGUUGCACAAGUGAGAUCUGCUGCACCACCUGUUAAAAGUGGUCAAAAACAACACAAAAAAACCGUCGGCUCACAGUUUCGAGAGUCUCUAGGCCUUUUAAUGACAACAUUAAAUGCUACAACCCCUCAUUAUGUCCGUUGCAUCAAACCAAAUGAUCAGAAAGUUGCCUUUUGUUUUGAACCUCAUCGUGCUGUACAGCAACUAAGGGCAUGUGGUGUGCUUGAAACUAUUCGCAUUAGUGCUGCUGGUUAUCCUUCGAGGUGGGCAUAUCAAGAUUUCUUGAAUAGGUAUCGUGUAUUGACAUGUUCAAAAGAAAUAAAGCGAACAGAUUUAAGAACCACCUGCCAAAAGAUAUUGGAAAACUUAGUUCGGCAACACUCAUUCUUUGGAAAAGGUGAGGAAGAUAAAUUCCAGUUUGGUAAAACAAAAAUAUUUUUCCGUGCUGGACAAGUUGCCUACUUAGAAAAGCUACGAGCUGAUAAACUGAGAGCUUGUGCUGUGAUGGUUCAAAAGCACAUUAGAGGAUAUCUUCAUAAGAGGAAGUACAUGCAGAUACGAAGAGCAGCAGUCGGAAUUCAGAAAUAUUCUAGGGGCUUGUUGGCAAGAAGGUAUACUACAUUCUUACGUAGAACAAGAGCUGCCAUUGUCAUCCAAAAGACUGUUCGAAUGUUUGUUCAGCGUAAAAAAUAUCUUAGAACUUGCUCUACAGUUCUUGGUCUUCAAAAUCAUGCUAGAGGAAUGUGGGCGAGGCAGAAAUUUCUUCGAAUGCAAAAGAAUGCUGCAGCAGUUAUCAUUCAAAAAUACGUUCGCUGCUUUGUGGCGAAAUCCAAAUAUCAACGCAACAGAAAGCGCAUUGUUGUUUGUCAAUCUGCUGUUCGAAGAUGGUUUGCUAGGAGAGAACUUAAAAAACUUAAGAUUGAAGCUAAAUCUGUUGAGCAUGUGAAGAAAUUGAACAAAGGUUUGGAGAAUAAGAUUAUUUCUCUGCAACAGAAAAUUGAAGAACUACUGAAAGAUAAAAAGAAUCUACAAACAAAACAAGUGGAUACUCAAGAAGUGGCAGCUAAAGCUGAGCAUGUCAAGCAGUUGGAAGGCACUAUUAAGGCGUAUGACAACCGUGUUGCUGAACUGGUUCAAGUUGUUGCUGAACUGAAAGCAGCAAAUGAGCAGCUGAAAAAUGAGAAGGAAGAUAUUAUAACCGAAAAGGAACUCCUGAAACUUGAAAAAGAUGAAAUUGUAGAGCAUUUAAAUAAAGAUAACAUCAAACUGAAAGAAGAUCUGAAUAAAAUGAAUGAAGCUAUCAAAGCAAAGGAAAGGGGGGCAAUAGAGGUUUUAGAAAAUGAAAAAAGAUUGCUUCUCGAGGAGUUCUCUGCGGAACGUGCUGCUUACCAGAAGCUUCUAAAGGAAAAUGCCCGACUGGAGCAGAGGUAUGAAAACUUGCAGAAUGAAAUGGAGCGAAUUCGUGGCUCAAGUAUGGGACAUAAUCGUACUCCAUCUAAUGUUAGUCUUGGCAGUGUCAGAAGUGAUGCCACUGAACCUGUUCGAGAUGAUGCCUCUGACACGCAUGAUGAGGAUAUUGGUUAUGGUUCUAUUCGGUCCAAAGAUAAAGAAUCAGCGCAUUUGAAGUUGGCUGAUGUUCCUUGGGAUGACCAUUCUCCAAUCAGUAAGGAUACCAGUCCUAGUGAUGAGGAAGCUAAAAUUGAUUCUGAAGACUCAGCGAAAGAUCUUGUUGAUGUGGCACUAGUGUUAAAAUUGCAGAAGAAAUUAAAAACUUUAGAGUCGGAAAAAUCUCGUUUAGAAAAAAAAUUGGAAGGACUUGAAGCCAAAGAAGAAGAAUCUCCAAAGGAAGACAAAUUCAUUAAAGAGACAAUCAGGCUUCAAGAUUUAGAAAUGGAGAAUGCUAAAUUAAAAAGUGAUGUUACUCGAUUAAGAGAAUCCUUAGCCAGAGAAGAUCCAUCCAAUAAAGCUCAGGACUUGUUAGAACAAUUUGAAGUAAUGCAAGAUGAACUUGAAAGGCGAAGAGAGGAGUGCAUACAGCUAAGGACAAUUUUAGCUGAUAGGAGUCUUCCUGUAAAUCCACCUUCUUAUGGGAGUCACACAGAACUCAUUAAUGAAGAUGGUGAACUUCUCAUGGCUUAUGAGACUCAAAAGACUCUCAUCAGGCAAUUGGAAACUGAAGUGCAAACCGAAAAAAGCAAAGCAGAGGCUACGGAAAAAGAAUUACGUCACGAAUUGCAGAAACUCCAAAAAGACAACGAAAGGCAACAGAAGCUGCUAAGUCAAAACUUGAAAAAGACACCUCAAGCACAAACUGAAGCAAUUCUACAACAUGAAAUCAAUCGGCUGACUGGCGAAAAUGUGGAUUUGCGAGAGAAAAUCGACGUAUCUUCUGAACAAAUUAAGAAACUGAAAAAACAACUGAAAUUGUAUGCUAUGAAAGUCAAAGAUACGGGUAAAUGAUCGUCUGUUAUUCUUAGUCCUCACGGUGAACCUGUCAUGGAGCUUGAAGUGAAGGAUAAAGUUAAUGAUAUGCCGUUGGUGAAACACAAAGAUGUUGAGUACUUAGGAAUGUUUGAAUAUAAGAAAAAAGAUGAGCAUUUGAUUAUUAAAAACCUUAUUUAUGAUUUAAAACCUAAGAUAGCAGUAAAUUUACUCCCAGGCUUGCCAGCAUAUAUUCUAUUCAUGUGUAUUCGCCACACAGAUUUCAUUAAUGACGAGGAAAAAGUAAAAUCAUUGCUAAAUAGCACUAUUCAGGGUGUAAAACUAAUCAUUAAGAAACGCCAUGAAGAACUUGAUUAUACUAUCUUAUGGCUGGCUAACACAUGCAGGUUACUGCAUAACCUUAAACAGUAUAGUGGAGAUAAGGCAUUUCAAGCUGAAAAUACUCCUAAGCAAAAUGAGCAGUCCUUGAGAAAUUUUGAUUUAUCGGAGUAUCGGCAAUUGUUGAGUGAUGUAGCUGUCUGGAUUUAUCAAGCUGUGAUUAAACUGAUGGAAGUGAGAGUGCAGCCUUACAUAGUUCCUGCUGUUUUAGAGCAUGAAGCAAUACCAGGUAUUUCUGGGAACAAACCUUCUGGCAUGAGAGGGCGCUCUUCCAGCAUUGCUCGUGAAGUUGAAUCACCAGUUGAUCCUCAACGAGCACUGGACAGUCUCAUUAAAGAACUCUCGGCCUUUUUCAAAGUUCUUAGUAUACAUGGCAUUGAUCCUGAAUUAAUCACUCAAAUCUACAAACAGCUGUUCUAUUUUAUUUGUGCUGGAGCACUAAAUAACCUGUUGCUGCGGAAAGAUAUGUGCCACUGGUCAAAAGGAAUGCAGAUUCGAUACAAUUUAAGUCAUCUUGAACAGUGGUGCCGCGAUUUGAGGAUGCAAGACCAGGAAGUCAUUGAAACUCUUCAACCUAUUGUCCAGGCAUCACAAUUGCUGCAAGCUCGCAAAACAGAUGAGGAUGUUCAAAGUGUGUCUGACAUGUGCAACAAACUUACUACGUCACAAAUCAUCAAGAUCCUAAACCUCUACACGCCGGCCGACGACUAUGAAGAGCGUGUGCCGAUAUCCUUCAUUCGCAAGAUGCAGCAGUGCUUGCAGAAGCGAGACGAAGAAAAGAUGGCCGCUGGCCAGAGCUUGAAUGCGGGGCCCAGCACACUGCUCAUGGACACGAAAUACGCCUUCCCCAUUCGCUUCCCCUUCAACCCCUCAAACAUCCGACUGGAGGACAUCGUCAUUCCGGAAGUUCUCGAUCUCCAGCACGUGCUCAGGAAGAUCUAG